AUGUUUUUCCUUUGUAGGUGUUACUCAAGUAUUGGGAAAGUUCAAGAUGCCUUUAUAUCUUACAGGCAAUCCAUUGAUAAAUCAGAAGCAAGUGCAGAUACCUGGUGUUCAAUAGGAGUCCUCUAUCAACAGCAGAAUCAGCCUAUGGAUGCCUUACAGGCUUAUAUUUGUGCUGUACAGUUGGACCAUGGGCACGCAGUAGCCUGGAUGGACUUGGGCACUCUUUAUGAGUCUUGCAGCCAACCAGGAGAUGCCAUUAAAUGUUACUUAAAUGCAACUAGAAGCAGUUGUAGUAAUACUUCUACACUUGCAGCAAGAAUUAAGUUUUUACAGGCUCAGUUCUGUAACCUUCCACAAAGUAGUCUACAGAAUAAAACUAAAUUACUUCCUAGUAUUGAGGAGGCAUGGAGCCUACCAAUUCCCGCAGAGCUUACCUCCAGGCAGGGUGCCAUGAACACAACACAGCAGAAUGGUUCUGAUUACUGGAAUAGUGGACAAACUGUUUCAUAUAAUCCAGUAGAGCAACAAAUUCAUACACAGUGUUGGACACCACAAAAACUACAGCAGUUGGAACAUCUGCGUGCAAAUAAAGAUAAUUUAAAUCCAACACAGAGACUGAUGCUGGACCAGCUGGAAAGUCAGUUUGCCUUAAUGCAGCAACAAGAAUUGAGACAGACAAGAGUUGCUCAAGUACAAACUACUGGAAUUUUUAAUGGGCCAAUAUCUGACUCGACUGACUACAAAUCUGUAGAGAAACCACAUGUUUCUCUGACCAGAAUACCUAGCAUCUGUCAACUUAGUUUUACUUCUCUUUUUUUGUAUGGAAAAGCCUUGUCUAAUGUAAAUUUUUCUGUAGGCUGCAUUCCUUUCACCACAUCACAAAUUGUAAGAAUUACAAACAAUUUGGUGGGCAAUAUUUAUAUAAACAGAAGUAGAAGUAAUGGAUAUGUGCCUUACUUGCAGCAAAACAUACUUAAUCUACCUCAUAUCUGCAAAAACCAGACCAGCAGUACAAGAGAGCCAUUGAGAAAACAACUUUCUAAUUCUGCUCAGGGUCUUCAUAAAGGUCAAAGUUCAUAUCUGACAGGAUUUAAUAAUGAACAACCUUUAUUUUCCACUGAGUCCAACAAAUAUCUUCAGACAUCUAAGAUUGUGAAGAACCAGAAUGGACAUCACUCUCUUCCAGCAACACAAGAGGAUGUUCUUAAUCAUCUCUCCUUGCACUCUCAUAUUGCUACCUCAGGUGAACAAAAAGACAUUGCCUUAGUCAAAGAGAGCAAGCCUUCAAGAAAAAGAUCCUUGGGGUCUGAAACAAGUAUGCAUCCUGGAAACACAUCAAAUAGUUGUCCUGGUAUCAAGAGACUUUCUAAUUAUGUCCAUCAGAUGACAGGAGUUGCUGGUCCUAACUGUGGAGAUUUUGUUUCACCAAAUUUAGCAAUUGAAGAUAAAAAUCAUCAGCUAUCUUCCUUGUUUGCUAAAAAUGCCAAUGACAAUAUGGAUACUGGAACUUGUGACAAAGUCAGUAAUUGUUAUCCAGCUAUUCAUAUAAAGACUGAUAAUUAUGUUUUCUCUUCACCCUCUUCAUCCGUUUCUAUAGCAACAUCUCCAAUGUCCACUGACCAGACUAAUAUACACACUGUUACCAACUUCAGCAGUCCUCCUAAUGGGUUACCCAUAAUUAAUGGAGAAGAACUAGAGAAUUCACAGACGUCUAUAAAUGUUGAUCUGCCUAGAGUUAAUCAUAAAUCACAUCCUCAGAUACCAUCAAUGUCUGUGUCUAUAUAUUCCAAUUCAGCAGAAGUUCUGAAGGCAUGCAGGAACGUAGGUAAAAAUGGUUUGUCUAAUAGUCAUAUUUUGUUGGAUAAAUGUCCGCCUCCAAGACCACCAACUUCACCAUACCCUCCCUUGCCAAAGGAGAAGCUGAAUCCACCCACACCUAGCAUUUAUUUGGAAAAUAAGCGUGAUGCUUUCUUUCCUCCAUUACAUCAAUUUUGUACAAAUCCAAAAAACCCUGUUACAGUAAUUCGUGGUCUUGCUGGAGUUCUUAAAUUAGAUCUUGGACUUUUCUCUACCAAAACUUUGGUAGAAGUUAACAAUGAACAUAUGGUAGAGGUGAGAACACAAUUACUGCAACCAGCAGAAGAAAACUGGAAUCCCACUGGAACAAAGAAAAUUUGGCGUUAUGAAAGUAAUAGCUCACACACUACAAUUGCUAAGUAUGCACAGUACCAAGCCUCCUCCUUCCAAGAAUCAUUGCGGGAAGAAAAUGAAAGAAAAACCCAACUUAAAGACUAUUCAGAUAAUGAAUCUAUAUCUUCAGAAAAUUCUGGGAUGAAGAGAAAAGGACCUUUCAAAACCAUAAAAUCUGGAAUCAACAUUGACCUUUCUGAUAAUAAAAAAUGGAAGUUGCAGUUACAUGAACUGACUAAACUUCCUGCUUUUGUACGUGUUGUAUCAGCAGGAAAUCUUCUAAGCCAUGUUGGUUAUACCAUAUUGGGCAUGAAUACAGUUCAACUAUAUAUGCAAGUUCCAGGAAGUAGAAUACCAGGUCACCAAGAAAAUAAUAAUUUCUGUUGUGUUAAUAUAAAUAUUGGUCCUGGUGAUUGUGAAUGGUUUGUUGUGCCUGAAGAUUAUUGGGGAGUUCUGAAUGACUUCUGCGAAAAAAAUAAUUUAAAUUUCCUAAUGAGUUCUUGGUGGCCUAACCUGGAAGACCUGUAUCAAGCAAAUGUUCCUGUGUAUAGAUUUAUUCAGCGACCUGGAGAUUUGGUCUGGAUAAAUGCUGGCACUGUGCAUUGGGUUCAGGCUAUUGGAUGGUGUAACAACAUUGCGUGGAAUGUUGGUCCACUCACAGCCUGUCAGUAUAAACUGGCUGUAGAACGCUAUGAAUGGAACAAAUUGCAAAAUGUGAAGUCUGUAGUACCUAUGGUUCAUCUUUCCUGGAAUAUGGCACGAAAUAUCAAAGUUUCGGAUCCCAAGCUUUUUGAAAUGGUUAAGUAA